GUUUAAAUGUCCUUGCUUGUCACCUAUAUGAUCUUUUUAUCUCACGUAGUACUACUAUUUGUUGCUUUUUACAAGUUGACCCUUCUCAUGUGUAUCUGGUAACUCGAUUUAAUGUAUGGUGAAAUCUGUAAAUUUCUUAUUUUGUUCUAUUUCAUGCAUAAUAAUUUAACAAAAAUCAGCUUUACAUGUCAAGAUCCAAGCUAGGGAUUAGCUUUGAGAUUCUUAAUAUUUAUUUGUAUAUGUACAUAUACAAUACAUAUAAGCAGAUAUGAUCUGAUUCUAAUCAGUGGUUUAUAAGUGCUGAUGAUCCAAGAGUUGACCUGACAACAUGCAAGCUGACUGCAUGAACCAACUGACAGCACUUUUCUGCAAUUAAAUAGCACUUGGCUUUCACAAUUGAGAUGAAGAAUUUCAGUUUUUACUACGCUUACUCUUCUGAGUUUAAAUUGGGUGUAAGCCUGUAAUUAAAGACAGCAAUGUGAAAUUAGAUUUUUCUGAUUCAUCCAGCCAUAAUUAAAGGAUCAAACAAUCAAUUAUAAUCAUACUAUUGUAUUAUUGUUUCCUAUUCACGUGUCUUUAUGAAAUCAUUAUUGGUUUUGCAAGAGUGAGAAUGUUACUUAAAUUGAAUUUAAACUAAAACAAGCAAAACUUCUAUUCUAUCCUUAAUAAGAAAAGGCUAUACCUUUACGGAUCUAAAGAAAGAGGAAAAAAACAAACAACAACAACAUAGAAUUGUAGCUGAAUGGAAAGAGGUACACACUAUGAAAACUAGAUAAGGGCUACAACUGUAGGCUGCACCUACUACUUUAAUUUAAUGAUGAUGUGUUUACUUUUACCUUAAAAAUAAAUUAAAAAAAAUAAACUUGUAUUUUCAGUCACCGUCUAAGGACAAAAAUUAACCUAUAAUAAACAAGCUAUUACAAUCUUGAUAUCCAUAUUUCUUCUACUACAAAUUGACUUAAUAUAUUUAAUUUCACGACAAUAUAUGUAACCAAAGAUAUGUGGUGUGGUAUCGUUGUCGUGUAACACACACACACACAUGUAUUUAUAUAUAUAUAUAUAUAUACACAUAUUUACUACACUAAUUCAUAAUAUCUUUUUACUUGAUUCGGAAGGUUUUAAUUGUAGAAAGUUAUAGCAAGAAUCGUGUGAAAAUGGUUAAAACCAAUUUUUGUGAACUAAAGAUACCUACCUUCCUUCUAUAGUUCUAUUAUUGCUAUUGCUAAAUUUAUUCGUUUUUUUUCUAAGAGAAACACAAAAAAAGAAAAAAAAAUUGUCAAACGAGAGAGAGAGUGAGAGAAAGAGAGGAUGGAGUUGCAGAGAAGAGCAUGGUUAAGGGGCAUAUGGGAGGCCUUGAAGGAAAUCCUUUUGCAGAGAGUCUUAACAUAUAGACUUCGUUCUUCUCCACUUAUUCUUCCAAACCACUUGCUUAAUCUCAAUGUUAUUGUCACUGGAGCCACCAGCGGUAUCGGCCUCCAAACAGCCAGAGAGCUAGUAAUGGCGGGUGCCAAUGUUUUCAUGGCGUGUAGGAACGUUAAUGCUGCUAAUGAAAUUGCUAACAAGUGGAAAUCAGAAGCACGUCAGCAUGGCAGGACCAUUAAUGUUAAGGUGAUGGAACUUGAUUUGCUCUCCCUUAACUCAGUACGACAAUUUGCAGUUGAGUGGGAUCAGCUUUCAAUGCCUCUCCAUAUUCUAAUCAAUAAUGCUGGCAUCUUACGUAUGGGAGAGAGACAGAGGUUUUCAAAAGAUGAUGGAAUAGAAGAGCAUUUACAAGUGAACCAUGUGGCCCCAGCUCUCCUCACUCUCUUGCUCCUUCCUUCAAUGCUCAAAGCCACUCUCUGGCGUGUUGUUACUGUCAACUCUCUCGCGCAUCAUUGGGGAGUGGUGGACACAAAAUGUUGGAAUAGCAGGAUAGAGGAACAUAAAUUUAGUGGAACAAAGGCUUACGGAUCCAGCAAACUUAUGCAUCUCAUGUUUCUGAAAGCACUAGCCAUAAAUCUUGUACAACUUGGUUGUAACUCAGUUCAAUGCAUUGCUGUCCAUCCAGGAAUUGUCUCUUCUAACCUGGUUCCAGGCGUCCAGAAAAAGGCAUUUUGGAUGCUUGACUCAUCAGAAGGGGCAAGGAGUGUGCUGUAUUGUGCUACAAGUAAGGACGUUGUGGAGAACUUGGAUAAGGGUUUUGCCUACUACUCCAGCAACUGUAAACCAGGAAAGAUGUCUCCCAUAGCAGAAAAUAUGGAGACUUGUUUCAAGAUAUGGGAUGAGACAUUGAAAAUUUUAGGGUUAGACCCUAAUUAUCUAUCCACCUCCAAAAUUUAAUGUUACAACUGUUGGAUUAAAAUCCUCAAUAUGAGCUUAUAUUGUAUUGCUAUUUGAAGUUUGAUUCAAAUAAAAUGAUCAUUUUAAUAA